GCAUUUCGUGUAGAGGUUAGUUUAGCUGCGGAUCUCAUGUCAAAUGUGUCAAAUUCUUUCGUGUUCUUUCAUUGUCUUUCUUUUCUUAUAAAACUGAGUUUAUUCGUAAGUUGUGUCGUUGCAAAAAUUUUCUCCAAAGUGUCACAAUAAAAAUUUACUAUAAAAUAUUUUUACAAUAAUUUUAACAUUUGCAGUUUUCCGCAUUUUUGCCGAAGUGCAGAUCAUUUCCCCACAACUUGUGAUAUAGAUAAAGUGCUUUUAUUGAAAGUGACUAUAUAAUAUUAUUAAAAUUUUAUAGUGAUGUUCUUUUAAACAUUAUAAAUCUAAAGUAAUAGUGUUUAAACGUGCAAUUCUUAAAGGUGCCGAAUUAUAAUCCAGCAUCUUUCGACUGAUAUAAAAUUUUAAAUAUAAUUAAUAUACAAGUAUAUUUUAAAGAAAGUAUAAAAAAUGACAUUCACAAUGAUUACUGGAGUAAUGACAUCAGUCUCCUUGAGGAGAUGUUUUUACUUGUCAGCAGUGGUUUUGGUGCUUUCAACAUUAAUGGCAGCAGUUAUAAUUGUAAAAUUAACACCAUUGGAAUCAAUUAAAUGUCAACCUCAUCCGGUUACACCGGGUGUCGAAUGGAGUACGGUUGUGAAUCAACAAAUUGAUCCUAUAACAACACCGAAAGUAAUUGAAAAUAAUGAUCAAAAGGAAAUGAACAACAGAAGAUAUAAAGAGAUGAGAGAGAAAAGUGUUCAAAAUAAAAUUGCUCGUAUGUCACGACGUAUGAGAAAUAAGAUUCUUCCACUUUUAAAUAGUUCCGUUAUUGUCGAACCCAAUUAUAAUAUUCAUAUAUUUUAUUAUCCUUGGUAUCGAUCCAAGGAAUACGAUGGAAAUUGGAAGCAUUGGAAUCAUGAUUAUUUGCCAAACUGGAAAAAAAAUGAUAAAAGAAUCUUUCCACAAGGAAGUCAUGAUCCCCCGGCCGAUAUUGGUGCUAAUUUUUAUCCUGAUUUGGGUUGUUACAGUUCUUUUGAUCCCAAAGUGAUUGAUUUGCAUAUGAAGCAAUUAAAAGACACGGGAAUUGGCGUUGCAAUUGUUUCAUGGACUCCUCAAACAGUCGCCGAUAAUACUGACAUAUUAAUGCCAGACUUAUUGGAUGCAGCACAUCGUUAUCAAUUAAAAGUUGCACCACAAAUAGAACCAUACGAGGGAAGGAAUCCAAUUAAUUUACUGGAUCAUAUAAAAUAUUUAUUCACAAAUUAUGGAUCGCAUCCUGCGCUUUAUAGACUAAAAAGAGAAGACGAUGGAGCAAUUUUACCAGUUAUUUACAUUUACGACUCGUACGUUUUUCCAUCCAGUGCUUGGUGGGAAUUAUUAUCGGAGAGAGGAAAUUUGACUUUAAGAGGCUCAGAAAUGGAUGCUUUUUAUAUAGGUUUAUUAGUGGAAUCUCAGCACAAAAGUCAUAUUAAAAAAUCACAUUUUGAUGGAUUUUAUACUUACUUCGCGGUAAAUGGCUUCAGCUAUGGAAGUACCUGGAAAAAUUGGAAGGAUUUGAAUAAAUUUGCCGUUCAAAAUAAACUUCUCUUUAUUCCAAGUGUUGGGCCCGGCUAUGCAGAUACACAGGUACGUCCUUGGAACAUGGAUAACACGAGGCCACGUCGUCAUGGACAAUAUUAUGAAGUUGCAUGGAGAACUGCUUUAAGUAGCGGAGCAACGACAAUUUCAAUAACUUCAUUCAAUGAAUGGCAUGAAGGAACACAAAUAGAACCAGCAAAACCAGCAAGUAACAAAGACUUUACAUAUUUAGAUUAUGAACCAGAAGGUCCUAAUUUUUACCUAAAUUUGACCAAACGGUGGGUUCAACAAUUCACGGAAAGAUACAAAGCUCAAUAAGUAUAAAAAUUAUUAUUAUUAUUCUAUAACGACGUAUUUUAAUCUUCUAUACAGAAAAAAAAGAACUUUUAUCCAUUCAUCAUCAAGCAUAUCUGUUACAGAUAAAAUUCAUCAUGUCUCUCUAAUAUAAAAUUUCUCUUCAAGUAUUUUGAAAUUUUACUCAUUUUUCUAUUCGUCUCUCGAAAAAGUUGAAAAUUUUUAAAUUUUUGAAGAGAACAAGUAUUUUUACCAAUUUAAAUAUAAAAAAAAUAUGAUGCUAAUAGAGUCUGGAGAUAACAAUAUUAAUACAUAAUAAUUCGGGGAAGAAUAAUCGAUACUUCGGGUCUAUUAAAAAAUGUUGUGAUAAAUAUUAUGAAAAAGUCGCAUUUAAUUGAUUACUAAUUUAUUAAUGUGUCUAUUGUUAAUUUUUAUUAAAAUUUGGAAUUUUGUUAGAAAAAAAACAAUAUUUUAACAAACGUAUUAUAUUUUUGAAUAUCAAGAAAAAAUAUUUAAAUAAUUUUCUUUUUCAGAUUUAAUAUUAAUUAUUAAACAAAAAAUAUUAUUUAAUAAUUAAAUUAUACCUUCUUUUUUUAAAAAUAUUUUUAAGACUUAACUCUUUCUUUUUCAGCAUUAACUGACUUAGAGAAUCAAUUUUUCUUGUCUUUAUUAUUAUAAUAUCAACCAAGUGAUAAUAUUGAUGAAUUUAAUAAUUUCUUUUUAGAGAAAUAUAAAAAACAUUCUUUCACUCUUUCUUCAAUAUUUUAUACUCUAAUACUUAAACUGUCUUAAGCAGUUUCUUAUAUAAAAAAAAAUAUUUAUGG